UGAUUUGCUUUCGCAAUGAUUCCUCCCAACAGCAGUUUAGUCAGAUACGACAACCCGGUUCUUGUCAGCCGAAACAACGACAAGAAAUCGCCCAAGUCGACUCAGCUGAAAACCACACCUCAAAUUCCCACCAAUGGGGGCCCAGUACCGUCUGCCGGAUCCGGCCUCAAAGGCCAGGUUCCAGACUCUAAACAACAGCAGACAGAGGAGAUCCUGAACACAAUUCUGCCUCCAAAAGAGUGGCAAGAGAAUAACCAGUUGUGGAUCCAACAAGUGUCCAGUACUCCUGCAACUCGUCUGGACGUCGUCAAUUUGCAGGAACAACUUGACACUAAACUGCAGCAAAGACAGGCCAGGGAAACCGGAAUUUGCCCUGUGCGUCGUGAGCUCUACUCGCAGUGUUUUGACGAGCUAAUCCGACAGGUGACUAUCAACUGUUCCGAGCGAGGUCUGCUACUCCUAAGAGUUCGAGACGAGAUCAACAUGACGAUCAAGGCGUACCAGACUCUGUACGAGUCGAGUGUGGCGUUCGGGAUGCGCAAGGCUCUCAUGGCGGAACAGGGAAAGUCGGACAUGGAGAAACGAAUUGAAGAGUUGGAGCAGGAGAAGCGAGACUUGGAACGACAGGUGAACGAGUUGAAGGCAAAGUGUGAGGCGAUCGAGAAGCGGGAGGCGGAGAGACGUCAAGUGGAAGAGAAGAAGCACUCGGAGGAGAUCCAGUUCCUGAAGAGGACCAACCAGCAGCUCAAACAACAGCUCGAGGGCAUCAUCUCCCCCAAGAAGUAGACCGCCACCCUGAAAUAUAACCAAACCCCCCUCCCCUUUCUCCAUCUGCCUCCUGAAUUCAAACUCAUAUUGACUGACCUACUUUACUCGUUGGAAUUAGUUAGGGUAUUUUCGGUUAUAAUCCCCCUCUCCCUAAAUGGAUAAAUUUGGCAACUCAAAUUUUGAGUUGAAAUUGAAAGCGAGUCAAAUAAACAAUUAAAUGCCACUCGGGGUUAUAACCGAAAAGACCCAUUAGUUAUAGUUGAGAUCUACUUGUGGGCGCAAUUUCAAUUUCGUUCAACAAAUCGAAGCGUAGUUCAAUAAUUGUUCAUUUGCCAAAAUUUUUCAAUUUUCUAGCUGAAACUAAAUCAUGAAAAAGGGUCAGAAAAUCGUCAAAAUAUAAUUAGAUUCAAAAACGCUGGAUUUGAACAAUUAAAGCUUUGAAGGUCAUUGAUCUUCGCUCUUAGUUGACAUUGACUAUAGUCGGAGAGUUGUCAAACGUCAAACCAAUAUUUUGGAAAAAAAAUCAAAUUAAUGCAGAAAAUUCUGGUUUCCUAAGACCAUGAGAACUAUUUCUUAAAGCCGCAAAAACGACGAAAAAUUUUAUUUUCUGCGGUGUGAAAUCCAAUCAUACUUAACAUUUUGAGGAUGAUAAACCGGCAACUCUCGAUCUAGGAAGCGGUUUUUGAUCAACUUACAACACUUUAUGCUUCAUAUUUUGUAUUUCAGUUUGAGAUCAUGAUAUACUCGAUUUGUGUCAAAAUUUUAUUAUAUCAGUUAUGGUACCACACAUAUCAUAUAACGAAUAAUUUUUUUUAUAUACAA